ACCAAAUCAUUAAGAGCUCAACAAAAGCGAGGCAAAUACAGUAGAGAGAGAGAGAGGAGAGAGAAUGCAGAUGAUGAAGGGAGAAGUUGUGCUCAACAUGCCUGCGCAGAAGGCAUGGGAAAUGUACAGAAAUAAUGAAAUAAUGAGCAAAGUGAACCCCACCAUGCUUGAACGGGCCGAGUAUCUUCAAGGUGAUGGUGGCCCGGGAAGCUUGCGGGUCUUCAAGCUUGGGCCUGCCGUGUAUGGGUACGUGAAGCAAGCGACAGAGCGCAUAGAGAAAGUGGAUCUUGGUCGUUCAAUAACCUACACAGUGGUGGAUGGAGAGCUGAAGGGAAUGUAUGACCCUUAUGUUGUAACUUUGUCUUUCUUCCCCGACGGAGGAUCAAGUGGGAGGUGUGUGGCGAGGUGGGAAGCCCAAUUUGAGCCCCUCUCUUCCUCAACUCCCCCUCCUGAGAGAGCCAAGGAGGCAGCCUUGACCUUCCUCAAGUCAUUUGAGAACUUCACACACGUGUGACAUCAACACGAAUGUUACUCGUGUGCCCUUGUGUUAAUGCUAUGUGCUUGUGUUUACAUGUGUAAGUAUGCUUGUGUUUGCAAGUGUUGAGUGUUGUAUAUGUCUGUGUCCAUGUGCAGGAAUGCAUUUUGCACGUGUGCACAAGUAGUGAAUGUGGUGUGUAUUAGGUUUGAGUGAUAUAACAAGCAAAUGUAGACAGUGUUGUCUAUUAGUGAAAUGAAAUGUAUUUAAAAGUU